AUUCACUGCAGCUACAAGGACAUGCCUCCACCUCUGUGUUGGCAACGGCCAAACAUCAUAUGAGAGUUUAGGCUGUCGGGGAAAAUAUAUUGGGAAUUAUGAUUCCCGUGACGGAGUUUCGGCAGUUCUCAGAGCAGCAGCCAGCUUUCCGUGUGCUGAAGCCAUGGUGGGACGUGUUUACAGACUACCUCUCCGUGAUCAUGCUCAUGAUUGGGGUGUUUGGAUGCACCCUUCAGGUGAUGCAAGACAAAAUCAUCUGCCUUCCUCAGAGGAGUUCUCCAGUUCCUCCGACGAAUCAAACAGGGAUUUUGCCAAAUCAAACGGAACCAACCAGUGAGCCUGCGCUCCCCUCUCCCGUCUCCCCUGUGCCUCCAGUGCAGGAAAUGAGGGGUCUGAAGACUAACCUGGACUGGCAGCAGUACAGCUUCAUCAACCAGAUGUGCUACGAGAAGGCACUUCACUGGUACGCCAAGUACUUUCCAUACCUGGUGCUCAUACACACGCUCAUCUUCAUGGUGUGCAGUAACUUCUGGUUCAAGUUCCCUGGCUCCAGCUCCAAAAUUGAGCUCUUCAUCUCCAUUUUGGGAAAGUGCUUUGACUCGCCAUGGACUACCCGAGCCCUGUCUGAGGUGUCGGGGGAGAACCCAGAGGACCGGGAGACCAAGAAGCACUUUAGCCGGCCUGUUCCCAGUAGCGCCUCCCCGGGAGAGGGCAACCUGGUGAAGACUCAGUCUCUUCGGUCCAUCCCAGAAAAGAUUGUAGUGGACAAACCGGCAGCAGCAAGUGUGCUGGACAAAAAGGAGGGGGAGCAGGCAAAGGCACUCUUCGAGAAGGUCAAAAAGUUCCGACUACACGUGGAAGAAGGAGACAUUCUCUAUGUGAUGUAUGUUCGUCAGACCAUCCUCAAAGUGCUCAAGUUUGUCCUCAUCAUUGCUUACAACAGCGUCUUGGUCUCCAAGGUCCAGAUUACUGUCACAUGCAAUGUGGACAUCCAAAACAUGACUGGUUACAAACACUUUUCCUGCAAUCAUACCAUGGCUCAUCUGUUUUCUAAGCUCUCCUACUGCUACCUGUGCUUUGUGGUCGUGUAUGGAUUCACAUGCUUGUAUACCUCCUACUGGCUCUUCUACCGCUCUCUCAAAGAAUACUCCUUUGAGUAUGUGCGACAAGAGACAGGAAUCAGUGACAUCCCAGACGUGAAGAACGAUUUUGCCUUCAUGCUGCAUAUGAUCGACCAGUACGACCCGCUCUACUCCAAGCGCUUCGCCGUCUUCCUCUCCGAGGUCAGCGAGAACAAGCUGAAGCAGCUCAACCUGAACCACGCCUGGACUGCGGAGAAGCUCCGCCAGCGGCUGCAGACCAACAGCAGCAACCGCCUCGAGCUGCAGCUCUUCAUGCUCUCGGGCCUACCGGACACCAUCUUUGAGCUGUCUGAGCUGCAGUCCCUAAAGCUAGAGAUCAUCAACAACGUUACCAUCCCGGCUGCCAUUGCGCAGCUCGAGGACCUCCAGGAGUUGUCCCUCUCCCAGUGUUCGAUGAAGAUCCACACAGCAGCCAUAUCCUACCUGAAGGAGAACCUGAAGGUGCUGCGGGUAAAGUUCGAUGACGCCCGUGAGUUGCCCCAUUGGCUGUAUGUGCUGAGGAACCUGGAGGAGCUCCAUCUCACCGGUUCCCUGAGCCCGGACGUCUCCAAGAACAUCACCCUAGAGUCCUUACGGGAGCUGAAGUCUCUGAAGACGCUGUCACUGAAGAGCAACUUCACCAAGGUCCCACAGGCCAUCGUGGACGUCUCCAGUCACCUCCAGCGGCUGUAUGUCUACAACGACGGCACCAAGCUGGUGAUGCUCAACAACUUGAAGAAAAUGGUGAAUCUCACAGAACUGGAGCUGUUGCACUGUGACCUAGAGCGUAUCCCACACGCCAUCUUUAGUCUGGUCAACCUGCAGGAAUUGGACCUGAAGGAAAACAACCUGCGCUCCAUAGAGGAAAUCAUCAGCUUCCAGCAUCUGCGCAAGCUCACCAGCCUCAAGCUGUGGCACAACAGCAUCUCUCAAAUCCCGGAGCACAUCAAGAAACUGGGCAGCUUGGAGAGGCUGUACUUUUGCUACAACAAGAUUGAGAUCCUGCCCUCGCACCUGUUCCUCUGCAACAAGCUGCGCUACCUGGACCUCUCCUAUAAUGACAUUCGCUUCAUUCCACCCGAGGUCGGUGUUCUGCAGAGCCUCCAGUACUUCUCGGUCACAUGCAACAAGAUCGAGAACCUUCCGGAUGAGCUCUUCUUCUGCAAGAAGCUGAAGACACUCAAACUGGGCAAAAACACCCUGUCCCUGCUCUCGCCAAAGAUUUCCUACCUGGUGCUGUUGACUCACCUGGAGCUAAAGGGGAAUCAUUUCGAGGCUUUGCCCCCUGAGCUAGGUGUCUGUCGGUCAUUAAAGCGCAGUGGCCUCGUGGUGGAGGAUGCUCUUUUCGAGACAUUGCCAUCUGAUGUCAGGGAACAAAUGAAAGCCGAGUAAAUGGCUUUGAAAUGAACUUGACUCUGCAUAUUAUACCAAAAAGUCUUAAAGUGCAUAAUAUGGUCUCUGUCCUUAACAGGCGUGGCUUUUCCGUCCAUUUGUUAUCCAGCCUGUGUGUAUUAGAUUAUGUUAUGAUGGAUAUUGCAAUACUAAUGGGUGAGUACAUCAUUUUAUACUCUUGUGCUUGGAAUAGAAGGGAAAACCUUCAGAUUAUCUUUGUAGAGCAAACAAUUUGAAAAAAAGACUUAUAUACUGUAUACACAUAUUUGUUCUUAUUAUGAGAACGUACUGUAUUACUAUUGAUGCAUCACAGAAUAAGAUAUGCCUUAUUGAGUGUCUAUGCAGGUCUGCCAUUUGUUCAUGGCACCGAGAAACUUGUUACACUGGAUAGAGUGUAUACCCCAUGCAUUUGUGGCCUUCUUUUGAAAGCUUGUAGUGCUUAUUUCGGCUAGAACAGUCACCCCCUUGAAUCACAGUCAGUGAUAGCCCUCGCAAGGAUGCAUUUAUUGAAACAAUUUCAGAUUGCUCACAGCAUUGCAGUGAGAAAUUGUUUAUGUCCUAUUUCUAUUUCAUGUCCUCAGUGACAUAGUUGGGUAGUAAUGCAGUAAAGUCUGUAUACAUUUUGAAGCCUCUCUGACAUGCAUCACUUUAUUUGCACUGGAAAAAGUGACAUUCCAAUCUUCUGUAUUGCAUUGCAUCGUAUCAAUUAUAUAGCUGGUCAGCUGAAGUAAAAUGUAAGCAUUUGCAGCUGACCAGUGGCUAUAUUCAGGUACACACAAAUAGGCACAAGAUAUGUUGAACAGACUGUUUUAAUGCCAAAUUCUUUAGCUGCUACCACAAUUGACCAAACUUCAGAUGGCUCCAGCUGUGUGCCUCUUAUGAUGAUGAUGUCAUAUAAACAUGCCUUUGCACAAUUUCCUGAUGUCAUUCCUUUCCAUUGUGAAACAUGAUAACUCAAGUUGAUGCGCUUGUCCAGGGUAGUGAGCUGCUGCCUCUCAGGAUAUUGGAAAUUUGAUCAUCUGAGAUUUAUACAACGUGUACUUUUAGCACUAAGCAAAAAGGAAUGCUUGCUGCAUCCAUCCUACCACUAGCAUUAUGCAUGCGGUGAUGCUCCCCGGCCAAGCAGAUCACAUUAGUCCAACCCAUGACACAGCAAUACUGAGACUGCGAGUGCUUACGCCCUCAGCUAGGGUGCAGUGCAGUUGCUGCUUGGCAUGGCACCAGCGGCAGAGGGUGGUAUAGGAUGUGUGCUUGUACCCGCGCCAGAGAAGGUCAGAGAGACAAGCUAGAGCUUGUGUCAUGCUCGCGGAGAUGGAGAUGAGAUUGAGUGGCGCCACCCACAGGACUGGGCUGGGAUUGCGGUAAUCUUCAGAGGUUUGGUUUCUGUGCUGCUCUACGGGUCAGAUGAUGCCUCAUGUGUCAGCAGUUGGUUGCAAUGUGGCCAUAAUUUGAGUUAGUUCCAACUAUUGCAUUUGAUGAAACACUAUCUACAGCAGUCUGUUCAGACACACUGGACUUGAUCCUAUUAGCUCUUCAUUAGUUAGGUUCUGGUAGAAAUAGUUGGAUUCUUAUCAUGAACCAAAAAAAAAAAAAAAAAACAGUUUAUGUCACCAUCGCUGCCUCUAAAUGUAAUGCCUUGUCAACAUGACACUUUUUCUACUACGUAUUUGAUCAUGCUGUACUGUAUGAAAUCCACAAGUAAAUAAAUAUUUAUUUAGUUUUACCCA